AUUUUAUUUUAUUUUCUUUUACAAAUUAUAAAAUUCUAAAGCAAUUAGUAUUUUAUUUUAUUUUAUUUUUUUAUAUUAAAUAAGCUACUUAUCUUCUCUGCCGAAGUCUACUCUUGCACAGCAGGUGUCCUGAUUGUUUGGAGUUGACCGACGGUCAGCGGCAGAGGAUCGGCGGCCGGCUAACAAAAUGCAUCUAAGUGAGAAUGAAGGAAUUGAAGGCGACACCUUCGUGGUGACGGGAGGGUUGGGUUUCGUGGGCUCCGCUCUCUGCAUCGAGCUCGUCCGGCGGGGAGCUCGCCAGGUUCGAUCCCUUGACCUCCGAUCCAACUCCCCUUGGUUCCGCGAUCUCCAGGCUCACAAUGUCCACUUCAUUCAAGGCGAUGUCAGGUGCAAAGAAGAUGUGGAGAGAGCUCUAUGUGGUGCAGAUUGUGUUUUCCACCUUGCUUCAUAUGGGAUGUCAGGAAAAGAAAUGCUUCAAAUGGGGCGUGUUGACGAGGUGAAUAUAAAUGGAACUUGCCAUGUGUUGGAUGCUUGCCUUAAGUUUGGGAUCAGAAGGCUUGUCUAUGUGAGCACAUACAAUGUGGUGUUUGGAGGACAAGAAAUUCUCAAUGGCAAUGAAACCUUACAUUAUUUCCCUAUAGAUUCUCAUGUCGAUUCAUACAGCCGUAGUAAAUCUAUUGCUGAACAGUUGAUUCUCAAGAGUAAUGGUCGUCCUUUCAAGAAGAAGAAUGGGAAAUGUCUUUAUACCUGUGCAGUUCGUCCAGCUGCUAUCUAUGGACCGGGCGAAGAGAGGCACCUUCCGAGGAUAAUAUUUCUUUCGAAAUGGGGGCUGCUGCCAUUUGUAAUUGGUUAUGCAGGUGUGAAAACAGACUGGGUUUAUGUGGAUAACCUUGUACUGGCACUAGUAUUAGCAAGCAUGGGACUUUUGGAUGACAUUCCUGGAAAAGGAAGACAUCCAAUAGCUGCUGGCCAGCCCUACUUCAUAUCUGAUGGCGAUCCAGUCAACAGUUUUGAAUUCAUCCGCCCUCUGCUCAGAAGCCUGGAGUAUGACCUGCCAGAGUCUUCAGUAAGUGUCUCCAAAGCUUGCAGCCUGGGAAAGACUUUCGAAGCCAUCUAUACAUUUUUGUAUCCAUGGUUGAAUCAAUGGUGGGUUCCUCAGCCUCUCAUCCUUCCUGCUGAAGCAUACAAGGUUGGUGUUACACAUCACUUCUCUAUCCUCAAAGCAAGAGAGGAGCUUGGUUAUGUGCCAAUGGUGAGUCCUAAAGAAGGGAUGGCUGCAACCAUCUCAUACUGGAAGGAGAGGAAAAGGAGAGGCCUGGAUGGGCCAACCAUAUAUACAUGGCUGUUCUGUGUGAUUGGAAUGGCUGCACUCUUCUCUGCUGCUUACUUGCCACAUGUUGGACCUGUGCGACUGGUUAGAGGCGUAGGGCUUUUCUUUUUCCGCUCGAUGUGGGCACUGAAGAUGAUAUAUGUUUUAUCUUUAGCAUUGCAUAUUGGUGAGGCCAUAUAUGCAUGGCAUCUUGCCAAAAGGGUCGAUCCUGCAAACUCGAGAGGGUGGUUUUUCCAGACUUUUGUACUUGGGAUAUUUUCAUUGCGGUAUUUGUUGAAGAGAGCCCAGAACUGCGUUGCUGAAUUGUGAAAGUUUUUUCCUUCGCAGCAUGUGUCACUGUAAUUUCUAUUGCCCCUUCUGUUUGCUCUAAAUACUAUUUGUAAAAUCUUAUAGCCUGAGAGGUGGAGACAAAAUUCUGGUGAUUGGGUGUAAACCUUGGCUCAAUCUUCAUAGGUACUUAAUUUGAAUUUUAUUUUGUUUCCAUAAAA